AUGUCGCCACAAACUAACGUCAAACCCCCAAAAGCGACCAUUUCAGAAGAUGAUCUGGCGAAAUUGGCCGCGGAAUCUUGUACACCGAUAGCGAUUGUGGGAAUUGGCUUCCGGGGACCGGGGGACGCCAAAAAUGUCGAGAGGCUAUGGGAAAUGAUUCUCACGGGUAAAGAGGCAUGGGGCCCAAUUCCAGCUAGCAGGUGGAAGAGUGCAGCAUUCCAUCACCCAGAUCAUGCUCGCCAUGGGACGAUCAAUGUGGAAGGUGGCCACUUUCUGGAAGAGGAUGUAUCUCUGUUUGACGCGCCAUUUUUCAACAUGACAAGCGACGAGGCAGCGGCCAUGGAUCCCCAGCAGAGAUUGCUCUUGGAGGUAGCAUAUGAAGGUCUUGAGAAUGCUGGCAUUCCUUUGACCAAAAUCAUGGGCACAAAGACAUCCUGUUUCGUGGGGUCCUUUUCUGCAGACUAUACUGAUCUCCUACUUCGGGAUCCCGAGUGUGUGCCCAUGUAUCAGUGCACAAACGCCGGACAGUCUCGUGCAAUGACGGCAAACAGGCUCUCGUACUUCUUUGAUUUAAAAGGGCCUAGCGUCACGGUAGACACGGCGUGCUCGGGAAGCCUUGUGGCACUUCAUUUGGCAUGUCAAAGCCUUCAGACAGGGGACGCAUCGACAGCGAUUGCGGCGGGCGUCAAUUUGAUAUUGAGUCACGAGUUUAUGUCGACGAUGAGCAUGAUGAAAUUUCUCUCCUCAGAUGGAAGAUGCCAUACCUUUGAUGAAAAGGCUAAUGGGUACGCGCGAGGCGAGGCAGCUGGCUGUCUCAUCCUUAAACCCUUAGCCAAGGCGUUACACGACCACGACAAGAUCCGGGCCGUGAUACGAGGCACGGGUUCCAACCAAGACGGGCGCACUGCAGGGAUAACACUACCUAACGGGGUAGCCCAAGAAAGUUUGAUCCGGAGCGUGUAUGCACGGGCUGAUCUGGAUCCGUCGGAAACCGAUUUUGUGGAGGCUCAUGGGACAGGCACACUGGCUGGAGACCCAAUUGAGACAGGGGCAAUCGCUCGUGUCUUUGGAAUUGGUCGGUCACCUGACAAUCCUGUGCGAAUUGGCUCCGUCAAAACCAAUGUCGGCCACUUGGAAGGUGCAAGUGGAGUGGCGGGUAUGAUCAAGGCAGUGCUGAUGUUAGAAAACCGCAUGUUCUUGCCAAACAGGAAUUUUGAAAAGAUUAACCCCCGUAUCCCACUCGACGAUUGGAAACUCAAGGUUUGGGUUCAAUUGCGCCCUGAGCCAUGGGAGACCACAGGGCCUCGUCGCAUUUCUGUGAAUAGCUUCGGAUACGGUGGAAGCAAUGCCCAUGUUAUUGUCGAGGAUGCCCAAAGCUGUCUAUCUAGUUGGGGACUCAAGGAAGAUGACAGAAUCACGUCCGCUGCUUCCAACAACCAUGAUCAGACAGUUCUUAGCCCACCGCUUGGUUUAUCUCGCAUAUUCAUGGUCUCUGGUUUUGAUGAAAGGACCUGUGCACAACAGAUGCAGGCUCUGAGCAAUCAUAUUCUCGAUAGGGGACAUGAUGUUGACCAUGAGAAGUUUCUGGACGACCUUGCAUUCACACUCAACGAGCGGCGCUCUACCUUUCCAUGGAAGGCAGCCGUCGUUGGAGAUACGAUGGCGGGUUUGGCAACCUCACUAUCUCAGAACGUCAAGGCUAGGAGUGCCGUUCGAAAGCCAAGGCUUGGUUUUGUCUUUACUGGACAAGGCGCGCAGUGGGCCGGUAUGGGAAAGGAAUUGCUUCAGGCCUAUCCUAUCUUCAAAAUGUCAAUUUUGGCGAUCGACAGAUUCCUGAAUGACAUCCCAGCUCCCUUCACAGUGGAAGGUACACAAAACCCUAGCUUUUUAAGAGUUCCGCGCACUGACAUGGUGAGAACAGAGGAGAUCACGAAGAGCCCCCAGGACUCCAAUUUGAACCAUCCGAGUCUCAGCCAGACAGUGUGCACAGCCUUGCAGAUUGCUCUAGUCGACUUACUGAAAUCGUGGAAUAUACAUCCAGAAUCUGUAACGGGGCAUUCCAGUGGGGAAAUUGCCGCUGCAUAUGCUACUGGUGCACUCAGCAUGUACGAUGCAAUGUCGGUGGCAUACUACCGAGGGGUUGUGGCCAGCCAGCUUUUGCAUGACCAACCCAACAGAGGUGCCAUGAUGGCAGUUGGGAUGUCUGCCGAAGAGGUACAGCCCUACUUGGACGAAUUUCAGUCUAGACAGUUAGUGGUCGCGUGUAUCAACAGUCCAUCGAGCGUGACGAUAUCAGGCGAUAUACUUGCGAUUGAUGCACUCUCACAAACACUGAAAGAACAACAGGUGUUUAGUCGACGCCUUGAAGUGGGUGUCGCCUACCACUCUCCUCAUAUAGAACAGGUUGCCGAGCAUUAUCACAGCUUGAUAGAUCAUAUCCAGCCCAGAGGACUGGAUCAGAUAAAGGAAGACAAGAGAGAUAAAUGGCCGUCGUUCUUUUCCUCGGUCACUGGAAGGAUGGUUCCUUUGCAAGAAUUGAAUGCUCGGUACUGGGUGUCUAACUUGGUCGGGCAAGUGAAAUUUGCGCAGUCCCUGAGGACUUUGUGUUUUGAGACGAAUGCCCAGCGCGGUGGGAACACAGGGGCUUCCCGGAUAAGAAGGGCCGGGGCAGCCCGAAAGCCUUCUGUGGAUUGUCUCAUCGAAAUUGGCCCCCAUGCGGCACUUUCUGGGCCGAUCAAGCAAGUGCUCCAGGCUGAUGCAAAGCUCAAUGCUGCAGAUAUAGCCUAUAUUGGCAUUCUGACGCGGAAGGCCAACGCAGUCACUACAGCGCUCGGUGCAGUCGCCACACUAGCAUCACUCAACUACCCAAUCAACUUUGGUACAAUCAACAGGCCUGCUGUGACCAAGAAAGGUAGCAUACCGCAGCUAUUGGUGAAUCUUCCAACGUACGCCUGGAACCACACCCGGUCAUAUUGGGCAGAGCCACGACUGAGCAAGAUGUAUCGGAACCGAAUCUCGCCGCGGAUGGAUUUACUUGGUGCACCAGACAACAUGGCAUGUCCAUUCGAGCCUCGCUGGAGAAAUUAUAUUCGAACCUCAGAGCUCCCUUGGCUGCUCGAUCACAAGAUUCAGGGGAACAUUGUUUUCCCUGCCGCAGGGUAUCUGGUCAUGGCGAUCGAAGCAUCGAUACAGUUAAACAAACACGAAGAAAAGAUUGCUAGAUACAUCUUGCGAGACGUGGCAAUACAAUCAGCACUGGUACUCAGUGAAACUUCUGCCGUCGAGGUUAUGGUAUCUCUUCAGAAGUCUACACAAGACCAAGAACAUCUGUACAAUUUCCACAUAUACUCCAUCUCGGAGGAGAAUAGGUGGAUUGAGCAUUGCGCUGGCUUGGUCGGGAUACAGAAAAGCAUUGGUGUUUCAGGUGACGGAGUCGAGGAGACUGAUGGUUAUGCGACGGUCCCGUUGGGGACUGAAGUCCAUGGAGUAUCGGUGAUUGACGUCCGUGAUUUCUAUGAGAAGCUUCAAAGUUCCGGAUUGGAAUACGGCCCAUGCUUUGCCAAUAUGACGACAGCACGUGUGACCGAAGAUGGGGCGUGCUUCGCAGAAGUCACUGUACCAGAUACGCUAUCGGUGAUGCCUGCAUCAUUUCAACACGAGCUUUUGGUCCACCCAUGCACUCUGGAUAGUAUAUUUCAAACUAUUUUUGCGGCUUUACCCCCUGGUCUAGGAAUUGAAGAAGGACCUGCAAUCCCUGUCUCCAUUGAAGAGAUGAUCGUAUCAUCCAGUCUGAUCUGUUCGGCGGGAGAGCCCAUGAGUAUCUGUACUAAUGUGCGCCCGCUACCAAACAGGGACGUGACGGCGUGCAUAGUCGCGGUGAGAUGUAACGAGAAGCAAUUCGAAACCGAACCGACCAUUUCGCUUCGUGGUCUACGAUGUGCGCGGCUCGAGCGUCAUGAACCGGCAUCACAAGGAAAGGACAGCCACACAAUUUAUCAGAUCGACUGGAGACCCGAUCCUAGCUUUUUGUCCAGCGAUAAUGCGUCAUUUAUAUUCAACGACAACAGUACCCUUCAAGAGCCCGCGCCUCAACAGGAGUACGAAGACGUUGCAGCCGGCUUCAUCAGAGCUGCGCUAGAGGAAGUCAGCACAACGGAGGCCAUGGAACUGGACACUUCUCAUCGCAGAUUCAGGUGUUAUCUCCAAGAUGUGCUCGAACGACAUGAUGAUAAACCCUCAGUAUCGCUAUCACCCUUGGAAAAUCUCCAUUCCAUCCCGAUGGCAAGGCUCCUGCCGGUCAUUGGCCAGAAUCUUGUGGCUAUCAUUAGAAAUCAAGUUGACUUUUCCACCGUCAUCAAAGACGAUCGGCUCUUGGACGAGUUCUGGGAUAUAUUCUCAGCGGACGCCUCGUAUCAAGCAGCUGCAAAGUAUGUCAAUUUGAUUGGCCACAGAAAGCCAGAUAUAUCCGUCCUUGAAUUUGGCGUUGGCACAGGCCAGAUAGCGGAGAUAUUUCUCAAACGUCUUGUGACGCUUAACGAAACACCCUAUUGCGGAAAAUAUACAUUUGCCCACGAAAGCGCUUCCGUGCUUGAGCAUACCACAAAGCGGCUGGAGGCGUGGUCAGAAUGGGUGGAAUGCAAGCCUUUGGAUCUCGACAAGGAUUUCCCCAAACAGGGAUUUGAAAGAAAUUCCUUUGACAUCAUAAUCCUGCCUCAUGGAUUGUGUACUGCACGUUGUGAACAAAUUGCGCUUAGCAAAAUCCAUGAUCUCCUGAGACCAACUGGCCAUUUGAUUGCAAUCAAUCCCUUCCACCCGAAGAAGAAUGUGCUGAAAAAUCUGUUAUUCAGUGCCUUGCACUCCUUAUCUGCAGACGAAUUCUGUCUAGGUCAGGGUAGUUGGACGGAGAGUCAAUGGGACGAGAUCCUACAAGAUGCACAUUUCACAGAGGUUGAUGCCUAUGCGGAUCAAGACACCGAGAAGAGCCAUCAGUUUAUCGUGGCCAAAAAAGGGAAAAACCACAAGUCGUCCAGAAAGGUUUCUAUUAUCUGUGGGGACAAAACGGAAGCUGCUAGACAUAUAGUCCUUGAGCUCGAGAAGAUCUCAUGUGAGGUGAAUGUGACACAUGUCGAUAACGUCGAGUGUAAGGAUCAGAUUUGUUUGUUCUUGGAUACUUCAAAGUCCUCCCUGCUGGCCUCGCCCAAUGAAGCUACAUUCAGCAAGAUAAAAUCAAUGUCUACACAGAGUGGUGGAGUUCUCUGGAUCACAAGGGGAGGGGCGAUUGAGUCCGUCAACCCAACCGCGGCUUUGGCGGUUGGAUUUGCAAGAACAGCACGCGCCGAAUCGGGCGUUAACCCGAUUGUCACCCUUGAUCUGGAUGCGCAAAAUCCUCUCUCUGAAUCUCAAGCUGCCAAGAUAAUCGCAAAAGUUCUGCUCACCCGAUUUCUCCGUGAACAUCCAGAUGAAGACACGGAGUAUGCGGAAAGAAACGGGCAAAUCCUGGUUCCACGAGUACUAGAGAAUUCGAAGGCGAACAAAACCAUGAACAGCAUUAGUGAUACCGAAGCCACAUCUGAGCAGCCUUUCCUUGACCUUCAGCAACCUCUCCGUCUUUCUAGGAAAUUCGAUAGCCCCGGUUUCGUUGGUGAUUCGCAAAUGACAGACCUCCCUAUCGGCUACAUCGGAAUAAAGGUACUGUCCUUUGGCCUGAAUAAAUGGGGUAUUCAGCCAGACUAUCUUGAUUGGGAAACGGACGACACCCUCGGCAUGGAGUGCAGUGGCAUAGUACACAAGGUCGGCGCCGGGGUCCACGGGAUAACUGUAGGCGACCGGGUUGCGUGUCUUGGAGCUGGGACUGCGAGAAGCUUUUAUUACGAUCGGGCAUCAGCUUUCCAGAGGAUCAAUGAUGAAAUGUCAUUAGAGAUGGCUUCGGCUUUGCCUCUAGCAUAUACCAUUGCUUAUUAUGUUGUGAACCACCUGUCAAUGAUCGAGUCGAAUGAUGCUGUUCUUGUCCAUGAUGCCGGAAGUCAUUUCGGCCAAGCACUUCUGGAAGUGUACUUGCUGAGGGAUGCUAGGAUCUUUGCGACAGUUCAGAGCCCCAACGAAAAGGACUCGCUGAGCUCGAGAUUCGGGAUACCCGGAGAGCAUAUCUUCAUAAGCGGGAAGGAUGAUGUAGCAAAGGGUCUGUUACGGUUGACUGAUGGCAAGAAGGCAAACGUAGUAGUCGCAUUCGAGACUGCAGAGGACAAACUUCUGCAGAACUGCACUGCACCAUUUGGUCGGUUUAUUCAACUUCGAACAAGCAUCAAGACCCGACUGUCGUUAUGUCCUCAGAACAUCUCCCUGUCUACAGUUAAUAUAUUCGAGCUCAAAAAGGAGAGGACGGACCUUCUCAACCAUAUAUGGCGAAAGGUCUUUCGCUUGUUCCUCGAAAGACGACUCAAGGGGCCUGGCUUUACUGAUGUAUACCAUGUUUCGCAUAUUCAAGAGGCAAUAAUGGCAAUCCAAAGCCGGCAGCAUGUUGUGGUUCGUGUGGAAGAGAGUGACGUUGUGACGGCCACGCUUCCUAGGGCUAUGCAGCCAUUGUUCCGCGCAAAUGCGUCCUACAUGCUGGUGGGUGGGCUUGGUGGAAUUGGGAGGGAAGUGGCUUUGUGGAUGGCGCAAAACGGAGCAAAGAGCCUGAUCUUUGUCAAUCGAAGCGGCCUUUCAAAAUAUGAGUCGCAGAUGACAGUGAAAGACCUGGUGGAAAAAGGUAUACAGAUAACCACCCGAGCUUGUGACAUAUCCGACGAGGCUGAGGUUCAGCGAAUGCUUCAUGAACUCUCUUAUUGUGUGCCUCCGAUACGGGGGCUGAUCCAGGCAGCCAUGGUCCUCAAGGAUGUCCAUAUUGAAAAUAUGAGUUUGGACGACUAUCGGGAUGUCAUGGGCCCGAAGUAUCAUGGAACUUGGAAUUUGCAUCGGCAUAUCCCCACGGAUCUUGACUUCUUCCUGAUGUUAUCGUCCAUCAGCGGCGUUAUUGGGAAUGCAACACAGGCUGCCUAUGCCUCCGGCUGCACUUUCAUGGACGCAUUCGCAGCUUAUCGGAGAACUUUAGGUCUUCCAGCAGUGUCUUUGGACCUUGGCACAAUCACAGACGUUGGCUAUCUAGCUGAAAACAAGGAUUUAGCGUCAAAGAUGGAACGACAAGGGUUCCAGGGCACUGAUACACCAACUCUUUUAUCCCUGAUACAAGUUGCAAUCUCUCAGUCGACGGGUGGAGGAGCACAGCUUGUAACUGGUCUCGGCCGAUGGAAAGAAAUGGAAUCACUCGGGAACUUUGACGCGCCUUUGUUUGCCCAUUUCCGGUACAAGUUUCAGGGUCGUGGGAAAUCCACUGCGCUCGGCGACUCCGUGGAAGGGGUGAAGGUUGAACUUAACGCUGCAAAAACAGUGGAUCAAGCCACUGUUAUAAUCUGCGACGCUCUCAGCAGGAAGAUUGCCUCGCAUCUCUCUAUCCCAGUUGAAAAUAUCAAUCCUUCCAACCCAGUUUCCGAGUAUGGAGUUGACUCCCAUGUGGCUGUGGAGCUGCGCAACUGGGUAUCAAGGUCCAUGGAUUGCACUAUCCCCAUUUUGGAAAUUCUCGCUAGGUCUAUGUUGGAGUUGUCUCAUAAAAUUGCCAGCCAAAGACUCGAGGGCAAGUCGGAGUGA